GUCGCUUUACUUUAAUUCGUCACAGUGACGUCAGAGUGGCAUCAAAUUCAAAUUUAGAAUUUAAUGGUUAUAUAGUAUGGAGAUUUCAAAAGAAAAUAUUAAUGUCUUCCUACGAUGCAGGCCUCCAGUUAAUUCUGAAGUAAAAGUUUUAAAACAGUCUAUUUUGAAAUAUGAUAAGAAUAAUUCAGAAAUAAUAAUAGAAGCAAAGGUUGGAGAAAAAAAUUUUCAUAAAAAUUUUACAUUUGAUAAAAUAUUUAAUGAACAAACAUACCAGAAAGAUAUCUACAAAGCAAUUGUUGAACCUAUUGUUGAAGAAGUACUUAAAGGUUAUCAUUGCACCAUUUUUGCUUAUGGUCAAACUGGUACUGGAAAAACCUACACAAUAGAAGGUGAAAGAAGUAAUAAGUUCAUUCCAUGGGAAAAGGAUCCUUUAGCAGGAAUAAUUCCAAGAGCACUAUUUAAUAUUUUUCGAGAAUUAUCAAAAUAUAAUGGAGAGUGUUCCGUUCGUAUUUCUGCGGUUCAGAUUUAUAAUGAAGAAAUAUUUGAUUUAUUGAAUGAAAAUGAUAGUGUUAAGCUGAAAUUAUAUGAAGAUAACGUUUUAAAAGGAUCAGUACUAAUACAGGGACUUACAGAAGUACCAGUAUGUAAUACAGAUCAAGCUUAUUUUACAAUUGAAAAAGCGAUGUUAAGAAGACAAACCAAUGCAACUCAUACUCAUGGUGCAUCAAGCCGGAGUCAUGCUGUAUUCUUUAUUUCUGUGUCAACAAAAACAAAUACAAAAACAGAACUCUUUAAAAUGGGAAAAUUAACUUUGGUUGAUUUAGCUGGAAGUGAAAAUAUAGGUCGAUCAGGUGCAGUUGAUAAACAGGCUAGAGAAGCAGGGAGCAUUAAUCAGAGUUUAUUGACAUUAAAUAGAGUAACAAUGGCCCUAGUUAAAAAAGCUAUUCAUGUACCCUACAGAGAGAGUAAACUUACACGUAUGUUACAAGAUUCUUUAGGAGGCCAUUGUAAGACAACUCUUAUUGCAACAAUAACGCCUGCCGCAAGCAAUAUUGAAGAAACACUAAGUACCUUGGAAUAUGCAUGUCUUGCUAAAAAUGUUGUUAAUCAUCCCAAAGCUAAUCAGAAAUCAAUUAAAGUAACAUCUAUGAAGGAUUAUACCAGCAAAAUGUCAAAUCUGCAACGAGAUUUAUUUGCAACUUUAGAGAAAAGUGGUGUAAAUAUUCCCGAAGAAACUUACAAUUCAUUAGAAAAUGAAUUAAGUAGUACAAGAAAAACUUUCAAUGAAAAAACAAAUGAAGUAGAAAAACUACAGGAAAAGUUGGAAGAAGUGAGCUUUCAAGCUACAAAUACAAAAAAUGAACUUUCGGAAAAAAAGAUUGAACUCGAUAAAUGUAAAACAUACUUAGAAAAAGUAAUAGUGCAGUUAAAAAAAGAUAGAAAAAAAUUAAGCUCUGUACAAAAUAAAUUACAAAAAUCUCAACAUGAAUUUGAAGCUGUGAAGCAAUUAGUGUCACAUCGUAAAAGAACAGAAACCAAAUUAAAAAAUCAAGCAUCAAAGGUAAAAAUAUUUAAAAUAUUUANUUUAGCAGGAAUAAUUCCAAGAGCACUAUUUAAUAUUUUUCGAGAAUUAUCAAAAUAUAAUGGAGAGUGUUCCGUUCGUAUUUCUGCGGUUCAGAUUUAUAAUGAAGAAAUAUUUGAUUUAUUGAAUGAAAAUGAUAGUGUUAAGCUGAAAUUAUAUGAAGAUAACGUUUUAAAAGGAUCAGUACUAAUACAGGGACUUACAGAAGUACCAGUAUGUAAUACAGAUCAAGCUUAUUUUACAAUUGAAAAAGCGAUGUUAAGAAGACAAACCAAUGCAACUCAUACUCAUGGUGCAUCAAGCCGGAGUCAUGCUGUAUUCUUUAUUUCUGUGUCAACAAAAACAAAUACAAAAACAGAACUCUUUAAAAUGGGAAAAUUAACUUUGGUUGAUUUAGCUGGAAGUGAAAAUAUAGGUCGAUCAGGUGCAGUUGAUAAACAGGCUAGAGAAGCAGGGAGCAUUAAUCAGAGUUUAUUGACAUUAAAUAGAGUAACAAUGGCCCUAGUUAAAAAAGCUAUUCAUGUACCCUACAGAGAGAGUAAACUUACACGUAUGUUACAAGAUUCUUUAGGAGGCCAUUGUAAGACAACUCUUAUUGCAACAAUAACGCCUGCCGCAAGCAAUAUUGAAGAAACACUAAGUACCUUGGAAUAUGCAUGUCUUGCUAAAAAUGUUGUUAAUCAUCCCAAAGCUAAUCAGAAAUCAAUUAAAGUAACAUCUAUGAAGGAUUAUACCAGCAAAAUGUCAAAUCUGCAACGAGAUUUAUUUGCAACUUUAGAGAAAAGUGGUGUAAAUAUUCCCGAAGAAACUUACAAUUCAUUAGAAAAUGAAUUAAGUAGUACAAGAAAAACUUUCAAUGAAAAAACAAAUGAAGUAGAAAAACUACAGGAAAAGUUGGAAGAAGUGAGCUUUCAAGCUACAAAUACAAAAAAUGAACUUUCGGAAAAAAAGAUUGAACUCGAUAAAUGUAAAACAUACUUAGAAAAAGUAAUAGUGCAGUUAAAAAAAGAUAGAAAAAAUUAAGCUCUGUACAAAAUAAAUUACAAAAAUCUCAACAUGAAUUUGAAGCUGUGAAGCAAUUAGU